AUGAUAGCCGUGGAGUCCCCAAUAACGAGACAACUGGACAACCCUCAUCUCAAAGCUCCAGAACCAGAACACUGUCCAGGGCCAGAAUCGGAAAACGCUGGUAAAGGUGAUGCCUGUGAUGGUUGUGCUAAUAAAGAAAUUUGUGAAUCAUUACCAAAAGGUCCUGACCCAGAUAUACCCAUAAUCAAUGAAAGAUUAGCCAAUAUAGACCAUAAGAUCCUUGUUCUCUCAGGAAAAGGUGGUGUUGGGAAAUCUACAUUUACUUCAAUGUUGUCAUGGGCAUUAGCUGCUGAUCCAGAUUUAGAAGUUGGUGCAAUGGAUUUAGAUAUUUGUGGGCCAUCAUUACCAAGAAUGUUGGGUGCUGAAGGCGAAUCAAUCCACGCUUCAAAUUCAGGCUGGACUCCUGUCUAUGUCAACGAUAACUUGGGUAUGAUGUCGAUUGGUUUCAUGUUGCCAGAAGCUGAUUCUGCAAUUAUUUGGAGAGGUGCGAAAAAGAAUGGUUUGAUAAAACAGUUUUUGAAAGAUGUUGACUGGGGAAGACUAGAUUAUUUGAUAGUGGAUACACCUCCAGGUACUUCAGAUGAACAUAUUUCAGUGAAUACAUACUUGAAAGAGUCAGGAAUCGACGGUGCUUUAAUAGUGACAACCCCACAAGAAGUUGCAUUAUUAGAUGUUAGAAAAGAAAUCGAUUUUUGCAGAAAGGCAAACAUUAAAGUUUUAGGUAUUGUCGAGAACAUGUCAGGGUUUGUUUGUCCUAAUUGUAAGGGAGAAUCUCAAAUUUUUAAAGCAACUACUGGUGGUGGUAAGGCUCUAGCUGAAGAAUUAAAUAUUCCAUUUUUAGGUUCUGUUCCUUUAGAUCCAAGAAUUGGGAAAGCCUGUGAUUCUGGAGAAAGCUUUUUGGACUUGUAUCCAGAUUCCCCAGCUUCAACCGCAAUUUUAGAUGUUGUUGAAGCUCUAAUAGAUUCCGUUGAGAAUUAG